AGGGAUUGCAGCAUGCUUAUCCAAAUGUGCAGGGUGGACAACUGGCUGUAGGAAUGGGAGCAGGUCGAGUUCAGGGGUCUGCUGGAUCUUUAUCUGGGUUCCCCUCACAAAUGCGGUGUGAGUUAUCUAAGAUGGAUUUCUUUUAUGAUUUUUAGUUGUUUAUUGUUGUGAACUUAAGUAUCUAUGCAUGUUUAAUAUUUCUUUAUGGUAUAUGUAGGAUGUUAUUAUAUGUUCUAAUACAUGUUAUCUUGAUUAGCUGGAUUUGUGUAUUGAAACAUCUAAUGUAUGCUGCUUUUUAUACAGAAAUUUGAUCUAUGAUUGGCUUGUUUUGUAUAUUGAAAGCUUGAAACAACUAAUGCAUGCUUCCCUUUAUCCAAACCAUACUUCAUAUGUGCCAUGGAUUCUAGUUACCUGGUAUUUUUCUGAGCAGAUUAUUGUGAAAUGCGAAUAUCAUUUUCCAAAACAUGCAAGAUUUUGGGUACCGUAAAAUUAUUUUGCCAGUUAUGAGAAGCUCAACUACCACUAGGUAGCAGUCUCACCAUCCUGACCAACUCCUCCUUACCCUUAAGCUUGUGAACAAAAGAAGGGAAACAAAUAUUGAACGAUCAUACUUGUUAUUUGGCUAGUUAAUUACAUGAUUUUAGUGUAUUUACACUUGUUUUUCUGACCACUUUCACACUGACUUUCUAAGGGCGAAACUUGGCUCAGUGAUAGAGUUGCUUUAUUGCAACCAGAGGGUUACAUUUUUUAGGAAAGCAACAUUUUGUCCGAUUCGGUGGCAAGGCUGCCAACAUUUUUUCCUUCCCAGAGCCACAACAGUUGUGCGCUGGGUGUUGGUUUUUCUCUCUUUUUUCUCGUUGGCUUACUAUUUACAUUUUUUUUGGAAGCAGAUGUACAUCACCCUUGCCAUUUUAAAUUGUUCUGUCAAUGAUAUUUUUCCCUAAAUAAAAUUAUUCCUGUAUCAGAUGCUAUUUUAUCCAAUGAGCAUUUAUUUUUUCUAAUGCUUUUAUUUUUUCUAGUCCAUUGCCCUUUGUUUAGAUUUGAUUUUCUAAAUGAUUCAACAUCUCUUCACAUUUUGUAGUUAAAUUUAGUUCAUUUUAGGAGGCAAGUUUUCAUUUAUUUUGGCUGCCAUUUUCUUCUUCACGCAUGCAGAUGAUUUGCAGCUCAGCUUGCAGUACAGCAUUCUUACACCUUUGAAGUGUGCCUAUCUAGAAGGUUGUUCUGGAUCAAUUGCUCAGGGGACUAGUGUGUUUAAAUUUACUUCACAGUUUGUAGUUACAUGAGUCGGUCAAUCGCAGGAUAGUUUGGCAGUCUCAAUUUCUAUCUUUUUAGUAUCAUCGUAUACUUUUUUUGAUUUGUUUUGCUGUUUUUUUUAUCUAUUAUAAAAAAGAGGGGUUAGUCUGUCAGAUAACCAUGUGGCCAGCUCAGCCUAAUCAAUGGCUGAGAAUGAUCCUUACGGCUAUUGUGAUUUGUGAACCACAAUACUGUUAGUCAUGCUCUGAUCAUACGGUCAUGAAUCAUCCACCAGCCUGUGGUAUCUGCCUCCUUAGAAUUUAAGGACACAGAGGUAUGAUCCUGUAGAACUGAUCCCGCUCUAGUAAGGUCGUUAGAAUCAUCCUAUACUUCUUUUCUUUUACUUCUCUCUUUUUGUAUUUCACUUUGUUUCUCAUGGACCUUCUUAUCUUGUAAGAAUAUUUAAAUUUUGGUUCUGUGUUAACAGCUUUAGUUUUGGUAUUUGAAUUUCUAUUUUUCUAUUUGUUUUUCUUUUGCCAUUUAAUAUGAGUUUUUUUUUGGAUUGUGAUCUCUUGUGUCUGGUUUCCUCAUCUUUCUGGGUCUUCUAACAAACAUGCGGAAAAAUUUUCUAUGAGAUAGUAAUGUAUCUUUUUGCAUGAUAUGUUCUAUUAUCUUGUUUUGGUGAUGGCAUCCCAACUUGAUGUUAUGUGUAGUAUUCUUUUCCUUUAUUUGCUCUGCUUUUGUGCACUGUGGGUUUUAUGAAUGGCUAUGAGCUAAUUCUUUCUCCAAUGAACCUCUGCCCUAUUGUUCGUAUGCCGUGGUCAAUCACUCUCUCUCUCUCUAUUUAUCAUUUCACCAUUCAGUUUUUUAAGACUAAAUGAUUUAAACGUGCUUAAAAAGAUGGUUUUGAUAGUGAGAGAGGGGUGUUAAAUUUUUGUACAUUGAAUUCCGUAUUUGGGUACCUUGAGACGGUUGGGGGUAUCAAUAUUUCCUGCAGUUUAGUUUUUACGCAACACUGUAGCCAAUAGGAAGAUGAGCAAUUGGCAGUGAAAAAAUAGAAGUUUCUUCUUUUUAUCUUUCCUUUUCUUUUUGGUGCUAAUUAUGCUUGUUACAGUGUAUUAUUUUUUUGGUCAUCUAACAGUUAUUGUUAUGUUUUACUAGAUGAUACAUGUAUAUUUACUGUUAAUUCAUUGAUAGAAUUUUUUUAGGAAACAGAAUUUCUCAUUUCCACAACCCCAGAGAACAAAAAGCACCCUUCCCUUGAUGUGAGUGCUAGGUUGGAUCUGUCUUGGAUGAAUGGAUGGUAAGUUGACACGAUAAGGAGUCCAUAUUUAAGUUUCCCCUGGGGCAAAAUGUUUUAAGUUUUGUCAAAUAACUCCCUGAAGACAGUAUUUUGAAGAUGCUGUGAAGGCAAGAGCUUUUUUGGAUUCCUUUUCCCUAUUUUAACAAAUUAAAAUGAGUGCUUGCUGCAUUAGGCGGGGAUUCUACACUUCUACUGUUGCAACCUAGGCAUUAUAGGUUUAAGCUGUAAAAUACUCCUUACGACAUCCAUUGCUACACCCCGAUCAGGGAAUGCAUCUGAUCGUACUCUACCUUGAUGAAGGUUGAGUAUGUGUUUUGGGUCAAGUGUUAGAGCACACACAUAAGAUUAUCAUAUUUUGCUUAACAGCUAUUUAAGAUUUUUUUUAAUGGAAGUCAAAAUUGUUGCUUGGUGAACGAUAUCAAAAUGAAGCGUUUCAUUUGUUAGUGGGUUAAGUAUGGAAUUGGCCAUCUACUUUGCUAUUUGGUUCAAAAAGGCCCCUAAGCUUUGUUUUGGAUCAAAAAAGCCCUUGCACUUUGAAGAGUGGUACAAGGGAGCCCUUCUGUCAAUCUCCUAUUAAAAAACGCUGAUGUGGCACAAAUUAUCUGACAUGGCAUUGAAAAAAAAACAAAGAAUUCACAUGAAAAUGAUGAGGAAGCCAACUAUACAAACAUUUAUCAAAACCUAAAACAUCCAAAAGAGGGGAGAAUCGAAGUUCCUAUGCUGGUGCUUUCUCUGUGUUCUCAACAAGAACAGAGAUCCUGUUUAAUUGAACCAAAAAUGGUGAUGAGGAAGAAGAGAGCUACUCGGGUUACUCCAACCCAGAUUGAGGAUUAUACUAGUUCUGAUAGUGGGCAUGGCAGUGAAAAGGAGGAAGAAUUCUUGCCAGAAGACACAUCAUCUGCAGAUGAUGAAGAACUAAUUGCUGCAAGAGAAAAAAUUAUGAGCUAUAGGAGGGGCUGGAGGGGUGUUGCUUUGCUGAAUGAAAGUGACAGUGAGGAAGAUGGUGGUGGCAAUAAGGCAGCUGGUUUAGGCAGAAAAGAGGGAGAUGAUAGUGAAAAUACUGAUGUUCAAGGUGAUGCAGAUCCUGAUAUUGAAUCUGAUAUGGCACGGAGUUCCUACAUAUCAUCUUCUGAUCCUGACAGCUACAUUGAUGACACAGAUGAGGACCCUGACCUGAGGGAGAAUGCUGCCAGGAGAAAAACGAAAUUUCCUUCAUUCAAAAAGCAAAAAGGUAUACCUAUCUUUGAGCUUAGGAUGUUGUUCGAUAGUAAUGCUGAUUUUAAAGAUGCUGUGAGCAGUUAUGCCAUAAUGACUAGGCAUGAUAUAAGGUUCACCAAGAAUGAACCGACUAGGUGUAGAGCUAAAUGUAGGGGAUCUCCUAAUUGUCCAUGGUUAAUAUUUGCCUCGUACAGUAGAGACAUUGAUAGUUUUCAGGUGAAAACUUAUAUCAGUGAGCACAGUUGUGAACAAAAGAGGGGUUUGAAAAGGUUAACUUCAAAGUCUUUAUACAAUAAGUUCUAUGGAUUCAUUGCUGCACAUCCUGACAUUAAGUUAAGGUAUCUAAAGCCUUUUAUUGAUGAAAGUUUAUCAUUAGAUGUGAAAAUGCAACAAUGUAAAAGGUUGAAAAGGUGUGUGUUAGCUGACUUGGAAGCAGAUUGUGUGAAAGAGUAUGGAAAGCUUAGAGAUUAUGCUGAAGAGCUAAUAGUGUCAAACACUGGUACUACUAUUGAUACAUUGACUGAUAGGCAGAAUGAGGAUGAUUAUGCUUUAUUCAAAGCUUUUUAUUGUUGUUUUAAGAGCUGCAAACGGGGUGUUCUGAGUGGUUGUAGACCAGUGUAAGGAGAGCUGUCAACUGCAAUUGGCCGUGAUGGGAAUAACGAGAUGUUCCCUUCGGCAUGGGCUGUGGUACUUGUUGAGAACACAGAGACUUGGACAUGGUUCCUGAAUUUGUUGAGGCUGGACUUGGGUGUU